AUGAAAUCGGACGAAGACGACGUUUGCAACCAACUAAAUGUUGUGAUGCUUGGAUCACCUCAGAAAAGUAUUUUGUUCGAAAAAUUGUGUCAAGCUGCCAUGAAAUACGAACGCCAUGUUCAUUACCAGGAUGUAUAUUAUCUCACUAUUGAUUAUAAUGGAAAAGAAGAACUGUUGGAAUUUGUCGAUCCAGGAUUGGCACGCACUGGUGGACGGGAAAUGGCGAUCAAGAGGGCUGACCUUGCGCUUCUGUUUUACUCAGCGCUUUCACUAUCAUCACUCCAUAAUUUGCAGACGGUGAAGGACGAUUUGACAAUGAAAGGAAAUGUUACGAGUCAGACACAGAAAAAAAUGGAAGAAUCCAAUGCCGUAGUUCUAUGGAUAAAAUUCGAAAAGCGAAUGAAGAAGGGCCAGAAAUGGGCAACUGAACUUGGUCCUGAUUGUGAGUUCAUAAUUUUGUCGUCAUCACAAUUCGCUGACGCAAAAACGUUCCUCGAGACGAUAGUGAGCACCAUUCGUGUACAUCGGAAAAGAAGAACGCGAACAUUUAUCAAGCAACUGAAGCUUGCUCAUGAGAUUUUGUCACCACGGAAAUCGGACAGAUCAAAGGAGGAAAGAAAGAGCACGAAAUCCAGUAGCAGUUCGAACUCCUACAACAACGAGAAUAAAUCGAAUAUCUGUUUAAUUAUGUGA